AUGACAUGCGUAAUCAUUAGUAUCGGCCUUCCUUUGACUCUAGUGGCCAUCUACUCUCUUUAUUCUCAGGUGCAAAAUAACAAUGUUGCUCCAAUCUUCAUCAUCAACCUCCUCAUCUCUGACAUCAUUCAGUUCUGCUACAUGAUCGUCUUAGUGGCAAAACCUGACUUGAAGAUCUAUGAAAUCCUCUUUUAUAUUUACUAUUAUAGUGUGCUGGCCAGUGUUGGCUUCAUGGUGUGUGUCGCCCUGGAAAGGUAUUUGGGAAUUGCAUGGCCACUGUGGUACCACGUCAGAAGAACCAUCAAGAUCUCUCUUGUAGUCUGUGUUGUGGUCUGGACCCUUCCUCUUGUUUAUGUCCUUCCUCUCUAUUUCUGGGUUAAAUUUGAGAUCUCAGAAACCAUUUUCGCUGUCUUUCUCCUCGUUCCUUUCCCACUGCUCAUAUUCUUCCUGGGUGGGACCCUCAAAUCGCUGUUUGCUGCCAUCUCAGUCUCCUCUGAUGAAAAACGACGAAUUGUGGGAAUUUUGGUCCUGGUGGUGCUCAUCUACACGCUGCUGUUUCUACCCAACAUCAUUUGGUCCCUGGUAGAAGACGCAAGACUUAAUGAUACCUUCGACAACCUGACUUUCAUUCUUCUCAGAUUCAGUCCUCUUACAGACUUGAUUCUGUAUGUUUUCAUGAGGAAAGGGGCCAUAGACAAGCUUUUGGCCUCUCUGUGUUGUUGCAGAAUGAACAGUGAUGAUAACAGCAGAUCAUCAGCAUGA